AUGAAGUUCUCAACUGUCUUCGCUGCCGCCACUUGCGCAUCAGCCGUCUCAGCUGCACCAUGGUCUGGAUGGAAAGGUGGCAAGAAUGGCCCAUUCGAGUUCACCUCCACCUAUUCAGUGGUAGCCACACCAGACCAAGUCGUUAACGGCACCACACCCACUGGCGGCCUAGCUGGCGCCAUCGGAUAUUAUAACUUCGGCCUGAACAAAUACACCAACACCAUCUGCUUCAACAUCACUCUCAACGGCUUCCGAGGCAACUACCAAUCUGCAGCCAUCACCGCAACCCACCUUCACGAAGCCGCAAGAGGCCAAUCUGGCCCACCAAGAAUCGCUUUCCCAAACCCAGUGGGCAACGAGCAAUACGCCAACUCCAUCGGUUGCAUCAAGGGUCCUUUCAGAACUGGUAUCAACGGCACAAACGGCGUUGACACCGGUGCUGCUUUCCAGGUCUCGCAGAUUGAGGCGAACCCAGCUGGCUUCUUUGCUGAUGUACACUCGUCGUUGGCUGUGCCAGGAGCCGUGCGAGGACAGCUCGCAUAG